GUGAGGUGCGGUGCGACCUGAGCGGGCCUCCUCGGGAGCCAUGGCCUGCUCCCUGCUCCAGUUCUGCCACUUUCAGGACCUCCAGGCCGCCCGGGACUUCCUCUUCCCGCACCUGCGGGAGGAGACCCCCAGCGGCGGCGCCGCCCGCAGGGACGAUGGUAAAUCAACAAACUGGGAAGAUGAUGGUUGGGGAGCAUGGGAAGAAGCAGAAACACAAGAACCUGAAGAAGAAGAGACUGUUUGCAAAACUCAAAAAUCGUAUUGGCUUCAAGAUUGUGUUUUAUCCUUAUCUCCAACUAAUGAUCUCAUGGUGAUAGCUCGGGAACAAAAAGCUGUGUUUCUAGUGCCAAAAUGGAAAUAUAGUGACAAAGGAAAGGAAGAAAUGCAAUAUGCUGUUGGUUGGAGUGGUUCUCUAAAUGUUGAAGAAGGGGAAUGUGUAAGUAGUGCCUUGUGUAUUCCGUUGGCGAGUCAAAAGAGAAGUUCUACCGGGCGCCCUGACUGGACCUGCAUCGUGGUGGGCUUUACUUCUGGUUAUGUUCGAUUCUAUACUGAGAAUGGUGUUUUGUUGCUUGCACAACUUUUGAAUGAAGACCCUGUACUACAGCUAAAAUGCAGGACUUAUGAAAUCCCAAGGCAUCCUGGAGUUACAGAGCAGAAUGAAGAGUUGAGUAUCUUGUAUCCAGCUGCAAUUGUGACUAUUGAUGGUUUCAGCCUUUUCCAGUCCCUUCGUGCUUGUCGAAAUCAGGUAGCAAAAGCUGCAGCAUCGGGUAAUGAAAACAUACAGCCACCACCUUUAGCAUAUAAGAAAUGGGGUCUACAGGAUAUUGAUACCAUAAUUGAUCAUGCAAGUAUUGGAAUCAUGACACUAUCUCCUUUUGAUCAAAUGAAAACGGCUUCAAAUAUAGGUGGAUUUAAUGCAGCAAUAAAAAAUAGUCCACCUGCAAUGUCUCAGUACAUUACUGUUGGGUCAAAUCCAUUUACUGGUUUCUUCUAUGCUUUAGAGGGAAGUUCACAGCCGUUGCUGUCUCAUGUUGCUUUAGCAGUUGCAAGUAAACUGACUUCUGCAUUAUUUAAUGCUGCAAGUGGCUGGCUUGGUUGGAAGAGUAAGCAUGAAGAGGAAGCUAUUCAGAAGCAGAAACCAAAAGUUGAACCAGCAACACCAUUAGCUGUAAGAUUUGGGCUUCCUGAUUCAAGGCGCCAUGGUGAAAGCAUAUGUCUCUCUCCAUGUAACACACUAGCAGCAGUAACUGACGAUUUUGGCAGAGUUAUUUUAUUAGAUGUGGCAAGGGGACUUGCAAUUCGCAUGUGGAAAGGCUACCGGGAUGCCCAAAUUGGAUGGAUCCAAAUUGUAGAAGACCUUCAUGAAAGAGAUUCAGAAAAGAUGGAUUUUUCUCCCUUUGGAAAUACACAAGGUCCAAGCAGAGUGGCUCAAUUUCUUGUGAUCUAUGCUCCAAGGAGGGGGAUUCUGGAAGUGUGGAGCACUCAACAGGGCCCCAGAGUGGGAGCUUUUAAUGUGGGGAAACAUUGUAGGUUACUGUAUCCUGGUUAUAAAAUAAUGGGCUUAAAUAAUGUUACCAGUCAGAGUUGGCAGCCACAGACUUACCAGAUUUGUCUUGUUGAUCCAGUGUCUGGAAGCAUAAAAACAGUUAAUGUUCCUUUCCAUUUAGCACUGAGUGAUAAGAAGAGUGAACGAGCCAAGGAUCUUCACUUAGUGAAGAAACUAGCAACUUUACUGAAAAUGAAAACUCCAAAUCUUAAUUUAGUUGAAACUGAAGUAAAGGAAUUAAUUCUUGAUAUUAAGUAUCCUGCAACCAAAAAACAGGCUUUGGAAAGCAUUUUAGCAAGUGAACGUUUACCAUUUUCCUGCCUUAGAAACAUCACUCAGACUUUGUUGGAUACUUUAACAAAUCAAGAGCUUGAAUGUGUUGAUGAAGGACUACUCCAGUUUUGUGACAACAAGCUUAAAUUACUCCAUCUUUAUGAGUCAGUCAAUAAACUGAAUUCUCUUGGGUUGUGUUCAGAUACAUCAUUCUCCAAUAAUGAGCUGGCAGUGUUGUUAAGGCUUGAUGAAAAAGAACUGGUUAGGCUGCAGGCAUUAUUGGAGAACUAUAAACAAGAGAAUACCAGAACCACUGUCCGAUUUGCUGAUGAUAAAGAUGGUGCACUGCCUGUGACAACAUUCCUGGAAUAUUUAGAAUAUGAGAAAGAUACGAUCAGUGUAAAGAAGAUAAGUGAAAUAGAAUAUGUGGCUUUAGGUAGUUUCUUUUUUUGGAAGUGCUUGCAUGGAGAAAGCUCCACAGAGGAUAUGUGUCAUACUUUGGAAUCUGCUGGAUUUAGCCCACAACUUUUAUUGUCUCUACUCCUGAAUGUUUGGCUCUCUAAAGAAAAAGAUAUUCUUGAUAAGCCACAGUCUGUUUCCUGUCUUCACACUAUGCUUUCUCUUCUGAGUAAGAUGAAAGUUGCUAUAGAUGAAUCAUGGGACUCACAGUCUGUAUCCCCUUGGUGGCAACAAAUGCGUAUGGCUUGUAUUCAGUCUGAGAAUAAUGCAGCUGCCUUGUUAUCUGCGCAUGUUGGGCAUUCUGUUGCAGCACAGAUAUCCGAUAAUAUAGCUGAGAAAAAAUUUUCCCAAACAGUUCUAGGUACUGACCCAGAGGGACUCACUGAUUCCUGGGAGGCUCUUUCCCUUGAUACUGAAUACUGGAAACUUCUCUUGAAGCAACUGGAAGACUGCCUGAUACUUCAGACUUUGCUUCAUAGUAAAAUGAACACUCGAAGCUCCAAACUGUCUUCUUUGCAGGCUGAGCCACUUAUGAGUCUUUCUGUUAAGAAAUUACUAGAAGGAGGAAAAGGAGGAAUUGCAGACAGUGUAGCAAAAUGGAUAUUUAAACAGGACUUCAGUCCCCAUGUAUUAAAAUUGGCUCAUCAAGAAAGAAUUCCAGAAAAUUCAGAGGAACCUAAAGAAGGUAUUAGUAAAGAUUUCCUUGAGGAGCCAGAGGAUUUACAAGCCAUCCUAGAAUUGCUGAAUUUAGCCUAUCAACAGUUUCCUUGUAGUCUUGACUUAGAUGUGUUACAUGCACAUUGCUGUUGGGAAUAUGUUGUUCAGUGGAAUAAAGAUCCAGAGGAAGCACGUUUUUUCAUUAGGUCUAUAGAACACUUGAAGAGUGUUCUUAAUGCCCAUGUGCAGCAUGGCAUUGCCCUAAUGAUGUGGAAUACAUUCAUAGUUAAAAGGUUUUCUUCUGCCACAUACUUAAUGGAUAAGGUUGGAAAAUCUCCAAAGGAUAGAUUAUGCAGAAGGGAUGUGGGUAUGAGUGACACAGCAUUGACAUCAUUUCUUGACUCUUGCUUGGAUCUUCUUCAGACUUUAAUGGAGGCUGAUGUUAGCAGUGAUGAAAUGCAAGUGCCUGUCUUAGAUACUGAAGAUGCCUGGGUGUCUGUUGAAGGACCGAUAUCAAUAGUGGAGCUGGCUCUUGAACAGAAACAUAUCCACUAUCCACUUGUUGAACACCAUUCUGUGCUGUGCUCUGUCUUAUAUGGAAUCAUGAGAUUUUCACUGAAGUCUGUGAAACCUCUUUCCCUCUUUGACAGUAAGGGCAAAAAUGCAUUUUUUAAAGACCUAACUUCAAUUCAGUUACUACCAAGUGGUGAGAUGGACCCAAAUUUCAUAUCUCUCCGACAACAGUUUUUAUUGAAAAUCAUCAGUGCGGCUGUUCAGGUACAAUAUUGUGUCCCUAAGGACAAAGAAACUUCUGAUGAAGCACCAAUUAUUCCUCUUGGCAAGGAUAGAGACUGGCCAGAUCUGGCUGUAUAUUUAGCCCAGCACCUUCAAGUUAAUGAAGAUGUGAUUAGAAGACAUUAUGUAUUGGAACUAUAUAAUUAUGGAGCUGACCACCUUGGAGAAGAGGCCAUUCUGCAGGUGCAAGACCAAGAAGUGCUGGCAUCUCAGCUCCUUGUGCUGACUGGGCAGAGGCUAGCCCAUGCCUUACUCCAUACUCAGGCCAAAGAGGGCAUGGAGCUGCUCGCUCGACUGCCACCAACGCUCUGUACCUGGCUCAAAGCUAUGGACCCCCAGGACCUUCAAAACACUGAAGUGCCAAUUGCAACAACAGCUAAACUAGUAAAUAAAGUAAUAGAGCUGUUACCAGAAAACCAUGGGCAGUAUAGUCUGGCCUUACACCUCAUUGAAGCUGUGGAAGCCAUCUCUGUUUCAUCUUCAUGACAUAUCAGCUGGAUUAAUGAAUACUUUAAAACUGUCUUACUUCAACAUGAAUUAGUGCAUGGUUAUUUUACAAAUAACAAACAUCAGAGUUUUGAGGGGGGAAUACUUCCAUGUGGAUUUUGUAAAAUAUGAGAAAUAAACUUGAACAUUUUAAAACAUGGAGUCCUGGCUAAGUUCCACUUCUGUGGAUAACAGGUUAAAAUGUAGCCAGACAUUAAUUAUACAGUAGUUUCAUCGUUUAUUUACAACUCCAGCACUUGUGAUGUAACUUUAUUGUUAAAAUUAACUGUUUUAAAUCAAUUAUAAUUUACAGACUAUGUUCUUACCCUUUAGAGUCUAUAUUUCAUAUUCAGAAAUGUUAACUGUUGUAAUUGAAAUGUUAUUGUACAGUCCUCAUCAGGAAAGUUUGGGGGUGGGGAUAGAAAUCUCAAGUUCCUUAAAUAAAUGCCAGGAAAAUGCUUUUUGCUAUCAUGCUUUAUCCCACGUGGGCCAUUAAAAGGAGAUCUUUAGAUAUGAAAAGGCUCCCUUCUAAGAAGGAAUAUACAUACUGCUUUCAUAAAAGGAAGAUGACUUUCCUUAUGGAAUAAGAAUUCAAGAUUGUAAUAUCUAUUACCAACAGGAAGUAUGGUAGAAAGGAUCUAUAAUCUAUUAAAAAUGCCAAAGAAAUGGGGUUGGAGGUUUGUGAUCAACACUGUAAAAUUAAAAUGAAUGACAAUGACAAAUUUAAAA